UAUUUUGUGAACAUUGCAACGAAAUUACAAGUCAUAUUUAUUGUGUUUACAUUCCAAAUAUAUGAUUUAAACUAAAAAUGGAGGAUAUGGCACGUUUAGCUGUUGUCGAACAAGGCGUCAGAGACAUUGAUAAGUUCGGUUUAAUUCUGCAAGAACUCCUAAACAAUAUAAAUAAUAUUUUAGAAAAUCCACACGAUAAAAGUGCGAGAUCCUUAAAAAGUGAUUUCCUUAAAAAUGUCUGUGAUGAAUUAAAAGAUUAUCUUAAUUACAUCGGUUUCCAAUGGGUUCACAAUGAAUUUCUGUUUUCCAAAGAAGCAACAUUGAACAAGCUAAGAUUAGCUAAACUGGCAAUAGAAAAGAAAAUCACUUUCUGCUGUGGACCACAUAAAUUGAAGCUGAGUAAUACUAAAAUUAAAACUCCAAAAAAGCAAUACAAAUUAAUGCCAGUUUAUGUGGAUAUAUUUAAUAAAGAACUCUUAUUGACAAUUCAGAGCUUGUUCAAUACCAUUUUAAACUAUGAGAAUGAGGAAUUACAACAGUUAGCAAGAGAACAAAUUCCCAUUACAACUCUAGAGAUACGAGCUUUAGAAAGAAUGAGAGAAAACCAAAAGAAAAUAAAAACUGGCGACACUAAGGAGCACGAUUUGCCGUACGACAGAGCUUUACUAAUGGAGUUGAUUGGAUGGUUCAAAUACAAAUACUUCCAGUGGGUGGACGCUCCUGCAUGUGAACAGUGUGACGGGCCCACGCGAUUACUGCAACACACUACUAUGAGAACCGAGACAGAAACUUGUAACGUUGAGGUGUACCAGUGCAAGGAGUGCAACUGCCAAACCCGUUUCCCGCGGUACAACGACGUGCGCGCACUGAUGCGGUCGCGGCGCGGGCGGUGCGGCGAGUGGGCGAACUGCUUCACAAUGUUCUGCAGGGCGCUCGGGUACGACACGCGCUACGUGUACGACACGACCGACCACGUGUGGUGCGAGGUGUUCGACUACGAGUCGAACAGCUGGUGUCACGUGGACCCGUGCGAAGCUGUGCUGGACACCCCGCUCAUGUACAGCCACGGAUGGGGCAAGAAACUGUCCUACGUGAUAGCGGUGUCCCGCGACGAUAUACAGGACGUCACCUGGCGCUAUACUAUGAACCAUGCAGAGGUAUUGUCGCGUCGGAAACAAUGCACGGAGCAAGAGCUGAUCGGCUGUAUGCUGUUGCUCCGCGACGCGAGGCAGGCGCAAGUGUCGGAGUGCAGGCGGAGGUAUCUCGCUGUGAGGACGCUAAGGGAGCUAGCCCAACUGAUGGUCGAGAGAAAGCCGAGCGACUACGAGUCGCACGGCCGAAUAUCGGGCUCCGAGGAAUGGCGGACGCAGCGAGGGGAAAUCGGCCAGAGAUCCGGUUAUAUAUUCGAAUUCGCUACUCCGGGUGAAAUUAAUAUCCGGUACUACUGCAGUCCGGAUAAAUACCGGAUAAAUUGUGAUGGAACAGAAUCGACUGUUAGCACGUGGGCUGCGGGCGUGUAUCAGUGUAAAAAUGUGUUUAGAAAGAUCGAGAAGGAUUGGCGCCAAGUUUAUCUGGCGAGGGAAGAGGGAGAAUCAUCUGGAAUGAUAUCCUGGAGGUUAUCAGUGAAGGGGAAUUUAGCCUUCACAAAAUUAUCCAUUCGCCUCACUUCUGCAGUGUAUGAGACUGGUAACGUCGAUUGGAAUUUACAAUUUGACGAACAACAACCUGUUAAUGUCAAAUUAGGAGAAUCGACUACUGAAUUUGAAAAUCGUUUCCAAACUCUUACAAUAACAGCUGUUCUUUCUGGUGGAAUUGGAGAUGUUUCCUGGCAACACGCACAAUUAUUUAGACAAUCACUCGACUCCAAAUCAAGCGCUUUGGAAAUAUGCACUUACAUCACUAAUUCGUGAACAAAAACAAUUCAAAAUUAUGUGAAAGUAUCGACAUAAUAGACUAGGGUAGAAGCCUUUAAAAAUAAUAAAAAGAUAAAAAAAUCGCAGUCGGAUGAAACCCAUUAGAAAAGGAGGGGAAUAUGAUGAAAAUAAAAGGAAAAAUAAAUUACGGUCAAUCCGAGUUCGGGAAGUGAGAGGGGCUCCCCCCUCUCUCUUUUAAGAGAAAAAAUGGUUUCUCUCGAUUUCCGACAAAACUACAAGUCCUACGGAAAAAAGUUUAAAAGAACAUUUACUAUGGUAAUGUUUUUUUUUACACCAUAUGAAAGUAGAGAUUUCAAUGAACAAAAAGCUCCCCAAGUUUUUGAAAAAAGCUGAUAUUUUGACGGGUGACUUUUCGAUUGAAAAUAAGGUUGUUUUUUUGGUAUUAAUUCAAAAUAAGGCGAAAAAAUAAAUAUUUUCAAUCAAAUAAAUUACAGUGUAUUUGGGACAUAAUAAAGUAAGUUUCCACCAAAUUUCGUAGAAAAAAAAAUUUUGAAGUAGAUAAAAAUAAAAGACCAAAAACUUGGUUUUUUGAAUUUUUCACCUAAAUUUUGAGGUUAUGUGAAAAAAUUGUGA